CGAUUCGAACCUGUCAUCAACGUCUCUUGCGGAGUUUAGAACCUAUUGACCUUGGUAUAUACUACUGAACAAAGUCAAGCAGAAACAUCCAAACGAUGUUGGCACGCCUGAAGACCAGCAUGCAGAGUUCUUCCCGGUUAUCUCAAGUCUCGCGGCACAUCUCCGGCCAAACGAGGACAAUGGCAGGAUACAGCAAGACCAAAUUCCAAUUGAAUACAGGUGCAGAGAUCCCAGCUAUCGGAUUUGGAACGUGGCAGGACAAAGAAGCUCAAGAAGAUGCUGUCUACGAGGCCUUGAAGGCCGGAUACAGACACAUUGACACAGCGAGAAUAUACGGCACAGAACCGGGCGUGGCGAGAGGCAUCAAAAAAAGUGGCGUCCCCCGAAGCGACAUUUUCAUCACAACCAAGCUAUGGAACAAUUCACACCACCCUGACGAUGUGGAGAAAGCAUGCGAUGCAUCGUUGAAAGACCUCCAGACCGAUUACCUCGACUUAUACCUCAUGCAUUGGCCCAGUCCGUUCGCACGAGGAGACAAACUCAUGCCAAAAGAGGGCGAUAAAUUCAAAGUUGGUGAUUCAGACUAUGUCGAUACGUACAAGGCUAUGGAGAAGCUCGUCGCCAGCGGAAAAUGCAAGGCCAUUGGUGUCAGCAAUUUCUCAAAAGGAGAACUCGAGAGACUCUUGAAGGAGACGGAUAUCGUCCCGGCGGCACAUCAACUCGAAUUACAUCCCUACCUCCAACAAACCGAUUUCGCCGAAUGGCACAAGGCCAAGGGGAUUCAUGUCACACAGUACUCGCCAUUCGGCAACGCGAAUCCUAUCUAUGACAAGGGCGAGGACAUUGGGAAGUUGAUUGACGACCCUGUUCUGGCGGAUGUGGGCAGGAAGUACGGCAAGAAUGGCGCUCAGGUCGCGCUGGCGUGGGGCAUUGCGAAGGGACACAGCGUGAUCCCCAAAUCAAAGACGCCGGCUCGCAUCCAGGCCAACUUUGAGGCUGAUUUCAAGUUGGAGAGUGAGGAUGUGCAGAAGAUUGAUGGGCUGGAUAAAACGUUGAGGUUCAAUGAUCCUUCGGGAAGCUUUGGGUGGGAUUUCUACGCUGAUCUGGAUGGGAAGCAGAAGUAGGCAGAGCACUUGCCGAAGCAUAUAGUACAAGUGACUUACCUAAUAGUAAUCAAAAGUUGUCACCGACGUCCAUUUAUUGGAGUCGAUGACGCUGAAAGAUUUCUGAUUCUCCAAACAACAAUUC